ACCAUGAACAGGCUCCUGCUUCCCACUCUGAUCCUCCUCUCUGGCCUCCACACGGCCGCCUCGGCAGUGGACUCCAUCCCCAAGUAUGAGUAUAAAGACCCCCUCACCGGGAAGCCCCUCCUCUGCAACAGGUGCCCCCCGGGCACUCACAUGGUGGCUCACUGCACCGCCAGCACCCAGACCAAGUGUGCGCCCUGCGCCAACGAAUACUUCACGGAGCUGUGGAACUACCUGCCCAGGUGUCUGUACUGCCACAGCUUCUGCACCGGGAACCAGGAGGUGGCGAGGGAGUGCUCCCCGACCAGCGACAGGGUCUGUCGCUGCAAGCAGGGCUUCUACUCGGCCGACGACUUCUGCAUCCCACACACAGAGUGCGGCCCCGGAGAGGGCGUCCUCACCAGAGGUUCAUCGAAAAUGGACACUGUGUGUGAAAAGUGUUCUGAGGGAUUUUAUUCUACCUCAACUUCUGCGCUCGACUCGUGUAUCAAACAAGAAGAAUGUGAGGCCGGACAGCUGACACUCCUCCAGGGUUCAGUGUACCAAGACACAGUGUGUGGCUCCUGUGAAGAUCUGGCAAAUGGCGGUGAGACGCUGAGGAGGUUCCUCUCAGGAUUCUUGUCCAAAAUGCGUGUUGGAAAAAUAAGGAGAUUUGUCAACAAGUACAUCCAUAACUCGGAGGAGAGGUGCAUCAGGGACACAUCAGUGUCCAAACAGAGAGGUCCUCUCCUGGAUCAGAUCAGGGACUGGGUGUACAAGACUCCAGAGAAGCAGCUGUGGAACAUGCCACAGAUGCUGAGAUCCUGUCAACUCAGCUCAAUGGCGGACCGACUCCAGAAAAGAUUGAGUGACAUUAAGCAGCUGAGUCCAAACUGUACCUUGAGUUUCUAACGUAAAAAACACAAUUCAUGCACAAUAUGUGCAUUUUGACAACACAAAGACUGCUGUUGUCAAAAUGCACGUGUUUUUCAUACACAGAAUUAAUUUUGUUGAAAAAUACCAGAAGUAUCAUUGUUUUGCACCUAAUUCAUCUCAGGAAAGGAAAAACGACACAGUUUAUAAGUAGUUUUCUUACGUUUUGUUUGUGUUCCAAGUAAGAGAAAGAAAACUAAACAAUUGAAUGUAUUUUUUUACUUGAAUCACGUGGAGAAUGUACUCAUUAACUUUUCAAAUUUAAUAUAUAAGUGUGUGAAGUGUGAAGUUGUGUGAAUUGUUGCGUUGGUCUGCAAAAUAAAGGACGUGUU